GCAAAGGACCCUGGGGGAUGUAGUCCCACCCCCCCCACCCCAGGAACCAAGGCAUUGGCCAGAGAGGUAAACAAACAAAUCCUGAGGAGGAUGAGCUUCGCACAAGGAAUAAAGCAGCACCAGCCUCAGCCUCUGGAUCUCCAUCCGAGGAGGCAGGGCCUCUCCUGGACCGGCUCCCUUGAGUCCCGGAGAUCCUUCAGGGCUUUCCAACAUUCCUUCCCCUUUGGAAAAGAAAGACACCUUCCUUCCGGCCCUUGGAAGGCCAGGCAAGGGAGGCUUAUGAUGCAACACUUGGGCCCUUUCCAGGCUGAAAAGCUGCCAAGGCAGGAAGCCCCAGGGUUUGGGGGCACCAAGCAAACCCCAGAAGAGGCUGCCCAGAGAGGGUAGCCCCAGGUUCGGAUACCGGCUCCUCCGCCUUGGAAGCCUUGGGGCCAUGGGGGCAAAGGCCUCUGGAGAACCCUGGCCCAGGAAACCCCAUGGCAGCCAAGCGCCUCAAGGGCUGAUGGCCAGGACCCAGAGGGAGUGGGACCCUCUGCUUUGGGAAAGGGAGCCAAAGCCGAGACCCUCCUGAUCCCCUUGGACAGCUCCCUCCAAAACACAGCUGCCAGGACACCCUGGAGACCCCCAAAUCCAGGGGCGCCCCAUUGCGCUCGUGUGAAAUGGUGUCCCGUAGAUAAAAAAGCAGCCUCAAGGUUUGGUUGGGGGAUAUAUAUACAUACAUCCAGAUAUAUCUAGAUAGAGAUAGAAUACAUUUCCCAAGCAGGGGAUGGUUGAAUCCACGCAGAGAGGGAGGGUGGAUUACUUUCAGAUUUGUGGGACUUGCAGGCCAAGAAAAGAAGGAAGAAAGAAAGAAAGAAAGAAAGAAAGAAAGAAAGAAAGGACCUUUUGCUAGCUCUGCCUCUGGGCUCCAGAAGUGUUGCAAAGCAGCAGCCAGGCCUUGCCCAAGGCAAAGCGGAGGGAGCCUUCCUGCUUUUGCUGGGGCUGAGCACUCUCCUUCCCCAGAGAAAGAGAGGCAAUGAUUAACCGCAGCCCCAUGGAGGCAGGAGGGCAAGGUCCCUGGCUUGGCCUCCCAUCCUGGCAGGGGCUGGCUGCCGCCCUUAUCAGGCCCUUCUCCUCCUCCUCCUCCUCCCAUCUGCGUGGAUUUUGGAAGCCAGAGCCUGGAGCAGAGAGUGACCAGGAAGGGCCAGCCUCCCCUGCGGCCCCAGGUGGCCCACCACCAUGCUCUCCGGCCUGGCCUCCUACCUGGGCUCCUGGCUGCCCAGCUUCCCUAGCCUGGCCUGGGGCUCCAGCCUCCUGGACUCCCUCUUGCAAGGGCUGGUGGGCACCUGUGCCAUCUCCGUCUUGUGCAGCCUGAUGAGGAUCUACCUCUACAUCCAGUGCCUGAAUGACCCCGAGCGACAGAAGGAGAAGGCGGCCCUGGGCCACCAGCGGCCCCUCCUGGACCAGCUCCACCUCCUGGUGAUGACUGGCACCCUGAUGGUGGUGGGCUCCCGCGUGGCCGCCUUGGUGGUGCUGGAGUUCUCCCUCCGCGCCGUCUCCUCCCUCCUCUCCCAUGACAAGGGAGCGCCCAGCACCCAGCUCCACCUGCUCUGCCAGUACUCCCUGGGCUGCGGCAUCUCCUGCAGCCUCAGCUUCCUCCAGGAAGGGGCACCCCACCGGACGUGGAACCUGCUCCUGAGCGCCCUCCUGGCUGCCCUCCUGGCCCGCUAUGUGGGGCGCCUGGCCCGCCACGUCUCCACCAUGUAUGAGCUCCACUGCAAGGAGCACUACUGCGGCCUCUGCCUCUUCCUCCUCGCCAACUGGCAUGGCAUCCCCCGGCUUCUCUGCAAUGCCCUCAAGGUCACCUUCCUGGUGGCCGACCUGGCCGCCGUGGCGCUCAUCAACCGGGACUUCCUCACUACCUCCGAGGCCGUCCGCUUCUGGACGCCGCUGACCAUCUGCUACACCCUCCUGGUCAUCUACAUGCAAGAGGAGCAGCGGCAGAACCCAACGGAGCAGAUGGCCUUCCAGACGGUCUUUGUCCGGAUGGGGGGCCUCCUGAUCCUGCUGAUGACUGUGGGGCGCUGGAUGGACAUCGCCAACAUCCUGGUCUCUCUGGUGGGGGAGGUUUGGUGCCUGGCACAGGCCAGAGCCAUGCUGGACAUCUGUCGGAAGCAGGAUUAUGCUCAGAGAUUCUCCCAUUCGGCUUCCAGCUCUCGGCGGCCUCCAAAACUGUAUGAAGACCACUUGAAAAAAUCCUCAUCAGUGGCUGUGACAUCCUAAAGUAGAGAGAUCCAGUGGAGAGAAACUGGUGUGAUAUUGUGACUGUGGACCAUGGACGGAGGGUGUGUGUGUGUGUGGGGGGGGGGGAAUCGAUGGGCUGAGGGCCAGCCUUGGUCCACUGCAGUGGACGUCUGCAGCUCUCAGGGACCACCAUUGACCCUUUGAGGACCAGACCUGCAGAAAUGGGGCUGUUCCUUGUGCCUGGUGCCCUCUAGUGACUAGAAUGGGUCCCCUACAAAGCUAUCACUGUUUUGUUGAUUUGGAGUGUUAUUGUAGAAUGUGGACUGUAAACCUAUCCAGGGGUAGCCAUACAGAAAAGUACCACUAUAUGAUGCAAAACCCACAAAACAGAGAAGCCUUUAUAGGGCCAACCCAAAUGCACAAAACCCACCAUGCAAGCUUUUGAAGCUCCACUGGCUUCUUCAUCAGGCAAAGAUGUUAAAAAGCAAACAAGAGAAAAUGAGGAUGCUGGGGUCACAGACCUGUAUUUCGUCAAGAUGUUGCUAUAGUUGCUCUCAGUAAAGAUGUAUGGAGGAAUAUCUAUGUAGGUUGAGGCCAUUGCUCCUCCUUGGACAUGUGGGCUCUGAGAGACAAAAAAAACCCCAUAAAGCCCAGGAAAUAACAUUUAAACUUCAUUAGCAAGACAAAAAGAAACUUCAGUUGAGAUCUGAGGCUACCCACCCUCCUCUUUGGCAAAGAACAUUGCAUUUCUCAAGAAGUCUCUGUGUUGUUGCAUUUGGUAAUAUUUUAGAUGCUGGUUGGAUCAAACACACCAAAAGUAGUCCCAGUUUUAAAAAUGUUUUAACUUUGAUGGAGGUAAAACCUCAAAGAGUUCAGUCCCAGUCCCUUAGCUCCCUCUUUGGCAUUACCCUAAAAUCCUAAUGCAGCUAAAAUGUGGUAUCUUCACAUCCAGAGGAACAUAUCCAGGGACAGGUGUGGAUAUGUGUGGAUAGCAUUGUCCAGGUGGGGCCUCUCCUGUUUGGCAAACCAUGGCUAGGAAGGCCAUAACAUUUUUUGCAUAGCAUCUGAAAGCGAUCUUUGCUCAGGAUGAGGAGGGAAGGCAGAGAGAUCCCUGGAAUCCAAGGCAGGCCUCUCCUUCUCUGACAUUGUCCAGACCAAGAUGGAUCUGUCCUUGGCUCCUGGCUGACUCAGCAGAGAGUGACUCCCUUUCCUGCAGGUCAUGGACAACGCCCUUCUCUUUUGGGGGGAGCAUGGCACAAAGAUGGAGGAAGACCUGGACUCUUUCUUUAGCCAGCCAUGGGGAACUGGGUCACCUGCCAACGGUUUAGGGACCCAGUUCUACCUUUGGCGGUGAGGGGAUGCUGGACUCCAUCAGCAAAAGGUCUGGGUACCAUCGACUGCAUCCGUUUGCCACUGAUAAAACUUAUUUUAUAACAGUAUCAUGUCUCGGGGUUUGGCACCAAAACAACUCUUGCAAAGACCCAGAAGGACAUCCACUUCCAGAUCAAGAAGUUACUUUUGGAAAGUAAUUCAUGUUAAGCCAUGGGGCCUGCUGCAAAGAAGUCCUUGUUGCGCUUACUAUAGCAGGGUCUAUUAUAAUGACCAUUUUAAAAAGACAAUACAGUAACUGAGAGAAAGGGUCAACUACCUCUUUCCAAUAAUUACUGCCUGUUGAGAAUAUGUCUUGCAAAAAAAUGACUCUUUACAGGGGAAAAAACACAUGUUGCCUCUUGUGCCAUACAUUCUUUUGUAUUAACAGGGAGGAGGGCUUGGCAAAAAUGUCGCUAAGUGAAGCAAAUACACUUGAAUUCAUAGAAUAGCUUGAAUAAAAAUGGAUGCAAAGCU